AACUAUCGUCACUUAAAGUACUUCCUAAUCAUCAUUCUGAAACCUUUACCUUCCAACAUCCAUAAAAUGUCUAAUAUCCUUGCUGUGUUCGGAGCCACUGGCCAACAAGGCGGUUCAGUCAUUAGCCAUGUGCUGAAUGACCCAGAGCUUGCCCAAAAGUACAAGAUCCGUGCCAUCACUCGCGAUGUGAACUCGACAAAGGCCCAGCAGCUUAAAGAAAAAGUUGAAGUUGUCCGUGGCGACGUGUUCAAACCGGCCUCCCUUGAGACAGCUUUGACUGGCACGCAUACGAUUUUUGCUAUGACAACACCUUCCCUUGGCCCUGACGGCUUGGAAAUCGAGUACAAUAGUGCCAAGGCAAUUGCAGAUGUUGCCAUCCAGAAAGGUGCUCAGUAUAUCAUCUUCAGCACUCUGCCGUCAGUUAGCGAGAUAUCUGGCGGCAAGUACACCCGAGUCUCGCCCUUUGACGCCAAGGCAAAAGCUGAGCAAUACAUUCGAAGUCUUCCUAUCAAGAGUGCCUUUUUCUCGGCGGGAUCAUUUAUGGAGAAUUUCAAAUCCCAGGCUUUCUUACAUCCACAAAAAGCUCCGGAUGGCACCUGGGUUAUGGCCCGUCACCUCUCCCCCAAGACUCAGUUCCCCUUGAUCGACGCCGUUGGAGACUCCGGCAAGUUUGUCGGUGCCAUCCUCGCCCAGCCUGAUAAGUACGAAGGCAAGACAUUUUGUGCAGCCACGGCACUGUACAGCUUGGAAGAUAUAGUCGCCAUCAUGUCCAAGGCCACAGGCAAGACUAUCGUCUACAAGCAGAUCCCGCUUGACGAGUUCAAGAAAAGCAUCCCGUUCAUGGCGGAUAUAUUUGCUGAAGGGUUCAGUUACAUGGACGAGUUCGGCUACUUUGGCCCAGAAUCUGAGAAGUUGGUUGCUUGGGCUGGUGAGAACGCCAGAGGCCGACUGUCCACUUUAGAGGAGUACUUGGAGGAGCAUCCAUUCAAUCUUGAAUAAACUUGUUAAUAUUUACACUUACUGUGCCACACUGGUCUAAACACAUUAAUUCAUUUAUCAAAUUUCCCAGCUCAAGUGAUUGGACUUCAUAUAUGUUUAAGAUCACCAAGAAUUGAAACGUAAUUGUAUAAAACUGCGCGAUAUCAGAAGAAAUUUAGAAUAAUGACCACCUAAUAUCCUAUUCAGCUUCUACCAGCUUAUCAAUGAUUAACUCAAUAACCUCAUUGUUCUCAAUUUCAGAGGCGCCUUGGGCCGU